CUGUUGUACAAGGGGAUGCACAAUCUCUAUUUGGUUGCGGGAAAUAUGUUUUAUUUUCUAAAUUAAGAAAUGACCGAAAACUUUUAAUGUAUCCCGGGUUUCAGACUGUAUCAGCAGAGACUUUCAGCUGAGGAUGCCUUCACCGACAGAGCCGACGAUCACAUGUUUGAUCGGGAUGGUGUUAUGUCAUAUUUCCGACUGCUUUACAAACUAACGUUAGCAGGUAAACUUGAAAAAAUAAGCCGUGGCAGAAAGCUUCACCUUUAUCGCAACAUUUGACCGAAAAGACCCGAAAGCUUGUUUUCUGACUACUUUGAUCCGUGUUAAUUCGCUUAUGUGCUGUUUUUGCUUUUUGAUGUUGUAUUUGCUCUGUUCGGAUAAAUUGGAUUGGAUUAAAAAGCUAAAGGACCUUGUCGAGUUGGUGGCUUUGCAUUGGAAAUAAUGCUGAAUAUACCUAACUUGUGGACUGAAUACGAAAAGUCUCUUUAAUGCACAGAAAUAACUGUAUUUGCUUCAUGUUUACGCCGACGAAAGCAACCUGAGGAGUUUAUACUAAGUUUGAGUGCGAUCCGAUAAACCAGCUGUGGCUCGAGCUCACAUCUGUUCUUUAAAUUAGUGUAUCAAGCUGACACUAUUUCGUUUAAAAACUUCAACAAAAUGCGAUAGACACGGGAAAGCAGUCCGCUCAGUUAAAUUGGAUCGGGUAUUUUGGCGUGAGGCCUGCUGGUCGGGCUUUUGCCGGGUGAGAUUUGGGGGUAAGGCCGCGUCAGGUCGCGUUCAGGCCGGCCGCGAGUGACGCGCAGUCCCGGCGCCAGAGGACGAGCUAUGGAGAGGAUGGAGGUGGACCAGUGCGCAGGCGCAGGAGGAGCCCUCCGAAGGUCCAACAGCGCCCCCAUGAUCACGAACGUCAGUGAUGGGACGACAGUAUUCAGCUCUAAUAGUUCGACUCGGUAUCGUCGGAGCAGCGUUUCUGUGAACCCGAGCUGUCCCUCACGGACCCUUCCUCUGUCCCCAUUCUCGCUGUCUUGUGAGAGAUCCGAACACAAGAGACAGAUUGAGAAUAUGGAGCUCACUUUGAGAGGAAGUUUACAGAGACUAAGUGCCUCGCCUGCUGUUCCCUUCCCUCCUGCGAGUCAUUGGCAUGACCAUCUGUCUCCAGGAUUCCAUUCCCAGGACAGCGGUGUCACUCCUAAUUCCUCACCCAGUCCAACUCGGAGGUUUCGAGGAGGAUUUGUGAGCUCUGGCGUGAGAUGGCCAUCAGUUGCACCUUUGAAAAGGAAAGGUGGAGUGGAAUCGGACGGUCCGCCCAAAAAGCUCUUUGUCGCUGGAGUCACAGACCCUGCUCACAUAACCAGUUACACAGUCAGUGUUUCCCAGUCAGUGGACUCUUCCUCUGGGACUGCUCCUGUUGGUUCAAACACCCAGGCCACCCCCCUGUCCCUCUCCCCUCCGCCUCCCUUCACCUCUCACCACCCCAGCAUCUAAACCCCAGUAUUCAUCACAUCAUCACCUUGUAGAGCUUUGGAUGCAAGGUGUUGUAAAAUGAAGACCAAAUUUCAACCUAAUCUCAGUUCUGUCCCUUUUUGUUUUCCUGCCUUUAUUUUGGUGCUUUGAAUAGAGUAUUUCAGCUCAAUCACUUCUGAAGGAAAUUCGAACUAGUUGUUACUUUGAUUUCAAGAUGCAAUAUAAGAAGACAAAAUCUUCUGGAUGUAUCUGACAUGACAACAUGGAUGCUGCAGGCUAUCAUGUAAUUUGUGAAUAAUUAUGGAACUUCGGUGCCUACAGAAUAGUUUGCUGUAUAUAUGAAAUAGUAUCUGCAAUAACACAUUUGCAAUGAAAGUGUUCAGGUUAGACCCUUUCCUUAGUUUACAGACUCAAAAGAAAGACCAGUUUUGCUCCUUUUCGUUUUCCUCGAGUUGUGGCAAAACAUUUUUGUAUCUUGGUACAUCUUCAGCUUCCAUUAACGGGGUCCAACAGUGGCACAACGUCCAGAAUGCGUAGAAAAAAGGACUAAGGCAUAGAGAGUAUUAAAAUCAGUUGGCCAUAGAUGUCAACUUUUUGUAUAAAUGUGUAUAAAUAUGUGAAUAAUCGAAUAUUAUUUUGGUAGGUAUUAAUCUUGUGUUUCUAUCUUGCGUUUAUCCGAGUCUGUAUAUAUGUUUAUUUUUCCAUAUAGCUUUUAGCUUGGACUGAACUUUUUGAGUUUGAAAAAUAUUCUUUAAAUCAUUGGAAACAAUACCCAGUGCAUUUAGGCAACUCCCAUAUUUUGAUUCGCUUAUCGCUUACUUAAAGAAAUAGUUCACCCAAAAAUGUAUGUUUGCUGACAAUUUUCUCACCCUCA